GGGGCGCACAUCAUAUUAGAAUUGUGGUGAAUUUGCAGAAGCAGAUGAUUGGAAAAAAGGAGCACAGGCGUCUGAAUAAAGGCAAAAUGUUGGUACUUUUCACAGUUCAUCUUGAGUGUUGCAUUCACUUCUGGUUGCCAGAUGAUUUUUGCAGUUCUUUCCAAUUUUUGAGAAUCAGCAAACCAAAAGGGUCUUUGAGAGGGUAGAUGUGAAGACUUUAUAUGUUUAUAUACAUACAGUCUUCCUUUGGAGUAAGCUAAUCUUGUUCUUCUCUCUCUGUCUUUUUUAGAGUAAGCAUUGAAUGGGCUUGUACUAUAUAUACAUAUAUAUAUAUUUUUUAAUGAAGGAAUUAAGUUUGCUGAUUGUUGGUGGAAAACUUAGUAAUAUUGAUUGCACUGUACUUGUGGUUGAAAUUUCGCAGUGAUCUGUGUGGUUAUCCUGGUAGUACACACAAUUUCUGUAAGACGUGUACACCGCUCUUGGUACCUUAAUUCCAAUACUUCAUUUUGGUAGAAAAUGAAGUAAACCUUUUAUUAGCGUUUGUGGGGAAGUUGGAUGUUGCUCUGGUAGCUUGUGCGUUUUUAGCAUAAAUGUGAGACUAAUCUAGGGCGGACAAGUGGGAAAAGAAGUAAAUUAGUAAGAUAGGACCAAUGUAUAUUAUAUCGAUUGGGGACAUUUUGACUGGUCCAGGGGACUUUAAAAACUCUAUCAAAAAGGUUAUGCUACGCUGUAUGGUUAACUGACUCUGUGUUGCUUUAUAUGCUCAAAUUCUUUUGCUCUGUGUUUUCAACAUCCAUUCACAUACUCUGAUGUACAGGGUACAAGUGCCCUGGCCUCUGGUCUGACUCCAGUAGACUCAUGAGGAGACAAAUCACAAAGUUAUGUGGUAGUAGAUAUUGCAAAAGCUUGCUUCAGAGACAAGAGGAACCUCACUCUGCUGAAGAUUGGAUGGAGCUUGGGAAGAUUUCAUAAAGGUUGUGUGUUAGCAGAGGCGCAUUUUCCAGGUGCAAGCCAAAAGAAAAGUCAACAAAAGACAUGAAUAGGUAUGUCCUAGAAAAGGAGCUAUGAAGAGAUGCUCAUCACCACGAAGGAGCAGAGAAUUACAAAUCAAGAGCACAGUGAGAUCCAUUUGAACCACAGCGACGUCUCCCCGCGAAGAAAAGUCGACAACAACUUCAGCGAGAAAAAGCCCUUGUAGAGCAAAGCCAAAAACUUGGACUUCAAGAUGGAUCAACCUCAUUACUUCCAGAGCAGCUGCUUUCAGCACCAAAACAGAGAGUUAACGUUCAAAAACCACCUUCUUCUUCCCCUACUCUUCCGAGUCAUCUCCCUCUCACCUCUCCUGUUGGUGAUGGACAACCACAGGACGUUGAAAGUCAGCCAAAGGAACUGGGACUUGAGAAUUCCCAUGAUGGUCACAGCAAUGUUGAGAUUCUACCUCCAAAGCCAGACUGCAAAUUGGAGAAAAAGAAAGUGGAAUUGUUAGCAAGAAAAAUCUCGUUGGGAAGUCCUCCAACAAGAACAACGGCUAAUGGAAGAGAAAAAUAAACGUAAAAAAGCUCUUUUGGCUAAAGCUAUUGCAGAAAGAUCCAAAAGAACUCAGGCAGAAACCAUGAAACUAAAGCGGAUCCAGAAGGAGUUGCAGGCUUUAGAUGACAUGGUGUCAGCUGACAUUGGAAUUCUCAGGAACCGAAUUGAUCAGGCCAGCUUAGACUAUUCAUAUGCUCGGAAGCGUUUUGACAGGGCUGAAGCAGAGUAUAUUGCAGCAAAGCUAGAUCUACAGCGCAAGACUGAGAUAAAAGAGCAACUCACUGAACACCUUUGUACAAUCAUACAGCAAAAUGAGCUCCGAAAGGCCAAGAAGUUGGAGGAGUUGAUGCAACAACUAGAUGUACAAGCUGAUGAAGAGACUCUGGAGCUUGAGGUGGAGGUAGAGAGAUUGCUACAUGAACAAGAAGUAGAAGCAAGGAAACCAGUGGUUCAUUUAGAGAGGCCAUUGCAGCCUGCUGAGGAUAGUGUGACUUUCAAAUUUGCAAAAGAGAACAAAAAGUGUCAAGAACAAGCUGUUUCCCCAAAGGAAGAUGAACAGUGUGGAAAUUCCAAUAGCAUCCCUUUUCAUAGUCCAAACUGCCCAAAUCAAGAAGGUAAUGACAUUUCAGCUGCUUUGGCCACAUGAAGUUCUAGUAUUCUUUUGAACUAAUAUGGUAUUCAGUAAAGUAUACUUUUUGCAGUAGAUUAUGCCUUCACCUCUAAUAAAAACCUCUUUACAACAAUGCUGAUUUUUGAAUUCAUGAUUAGUUUUAGUAAAUUAAUAUGUUUGGCCAUUCUAAAAUCCAAAAUUAUGAUAAGUUUAUUUCUAUGGGUAUAUUUCACCUUGAUUUUGGCUCAGUUCUUUCAGUGUUCCAUUACCCUUUUUACUGAAUUAAAGUAAGUGACUUAAAAGGAUGGAAGAAAAACUACAUGGUUGGAGUGUUUUUAGACCAGAUAAAUAUAGAAAAGUAAAAUGGAAAAUGAUACUCAAUACCUAGUUGAACUCAUUUCACUUCUUCUGGGAGAUGUAUUAAGACUGGAAGUCCUAUUUUAUUUAAAAUCAGUAAAAAGACAAAAAUUACAGUGUGAAAAAGAGAAAGACAGGAAUUGAAGAAAAAAGUUGCAGGUUGAAUUAUCUAUCUGGAUAUUAUUAGAGUUGUAAAACUUGGAAAUUGGAAUUUAUGUGAAGAACCAGACAGCUGAAGCCAGCAUCACUUUUGUCUUCAAUUUACCUUCAAAUGGUUUUAGUUUACAAGCUGCGUUUUGUUAUUUGACACACACACGUAUAUAUAAACAUACACGUGAUUUUACUAUUAUAUUGUCUUUCCUUUAAUCGAUGAAUUGAUUAAAUUUAGACAGAACAUUUCUAAAGUGAGGCUGAAAAUAAUAUAGAAAAUCUCAUUGCUGCUUGUGAUGAUCAAAAAAGGAUGUAUUUUCUUUCUAAAGUUAUCUAUAAAUAUGUGUUUGAUAUGUUGGACAUGAAUUACCCUGUCAUGAAGCAUUUAAAAGCUGAUUUUCUUGUUAGUUUGUUAAUUGCCUGUUACUAGUACUUGACCAAUACAUUGUGCUGUAUGUAAAUGUGUAAAUAAAUACUGUAAUUUUCUC